ACAUCUUCCUCCAUUGAGUUGCUUCCUUACACUUCAAUUGAUGAAAUUCCCACUAUUGUUCAGGAAUCUCAUCAAUUCUAUCAUUCCAGAAGACUCGAUGACAUUGAGUAUCGUUUGGAUCAGUUAAGACAAAUUUAUUUUGCAAUUGAGGAUAACAUUGAACUAUUCAAGCAAGCAUUAAUAAAAGAUUUCAAUCGUCCAGCCUUUGAGACAAAUUUGCUAGAAUACACUACUUUACUCAAUGAUUUAAAUUAUAUCAUUAACAACCUCAAAAAGUGGGAUAAGCCGGAAUAUAUCAGUAAAAGCCCCUUUUUUUUAUUCAGUUCAACCAAAGAAGUUUAUAUCCAAAGUAUUUCGCUUGGUGUUGUUUUGAUUAUUUCAUCAUUUAAUUACCCUUUAUUAUUAACUUUACAACCAAUUAUUGGUGCAAUUGCUGCAGGAAAUUGUGUUAUUGCAAAACCAUCCGAAUUAACCUCGCAUUUCACCUCGAUUUUAAUUAAAAAAUUAAAUGAAAGAGUUGAUCAAAAUGUUCUAAAAUUUGUCAAUGGUUCAGUUGAAGAAGUGACUACUUUAUUAAAUCAACCAUUUGACAAAAUAUUGUACACUGGUUCAAAAACUGUUGGUAGAAUUGUAGCCGAAAAGGCCUCAAAAAACCUCACCCCGGUCAUUUUAGAACUAGGUGGGAAAUCUCCUGCAAUCAUUACAAAUAACAUCAACUUGAAGAAAAAUUUGAAAACAAUAUUAAAAAGAAUUUUAUGGGGUAAAUUCACAAAUGGUGGUCAAACCUGUAUUGCUGUUGAUUAUUUGUUAGUGCCAUCAGAAAUCUAUGAUAUAGUUACAACAGGCUUUAUCAAGUUAAUAAUCGAAGAUGAAUUUUUCCCUGAUUUAACUUCUUCAGACGAGAACUUUGCUCAUAUCAUUAACCAAAAAAAUUUUGACAGGCUAAUGAAUCUUUUAAAUAACAGUAACGGUCAAUUAGUCACUGGUGGUCAUUACGAUUCUAAAACUAAUUUCAUUGAACCAACAGUUUUGAAAAAUGUUAAAUGGGACGAUAUCACUAUGAGUGAUGAAAUCUUUGGUCCUAUUUUACCCAUUGUCAAAUAUGAUAAUUUGGUUGAAGCCUGCGAUAAAAUUAUUCAAUACCAUGACACACCAUUAUCUGCAUAUAUAUUUUCAGAUGACAAAAACGAAGUUGAAUAUUUUUUUAAAAGAAUUAGAAGCGGUUCUGGGAUAGUAAACGAUGUAUUAGUUCAACCUGCAGUAAUUAAUGCUCCUUUUGGUGGAAUUGGUCAAUCGGGCUAUGGAAACUAUCAUGGAAAAUAUUCUUUCGAUUCCUUUGUCCAUAAAAGAACAAUGGUAAAGCAACCAUUUUGGAAUGAGUUUUUAUUAAAAUGUCGCUAUCCACCCUUUUCAACUAAAAACUAUAACUUCUUAUCAUUAGCUAUA